AUGGUCUCCGAAGAGUUCAAGGCCAAAGCCAGAAGAUGGGCUACAAAGCUCGAGUGUCCAGUCGACGAGGACAGGGACUACGAAAAUACAUACUGGUGCAACCGUGAUUUGAUUCCCAUCCCAAGAGAGCGACGAACAUGGACAUGGCAAGGCUACGCUGGGUAUUGGAUCAUCAAUGGCAUCAACACUACCGCUUGGACUGCUGGAUCAAGUCUGCUGGCGCUGGGCCUGAGCGUUGGGCAGGCGAUGGGUGUGAUUGUUGGUGCCUCACUCUUCGCGGCUGUGAUAUCCGUCAUUGCUGGCUGGCCUGGUUCGCACCAAUACCUUGGCUUUACCAUUCUUUCCCGAGCACAAUGGGGAAUGCGAGGAGGAUUCUGGCCCGUUCUCAACAGGAUCAUGACCACCAUUAUCUGGAUGGGUAUCCAACUGUACUGGGGUGGUCAAGCGGUGAAGAUCAUUCUAGGCGCCAUCAUCGGUCACCCAUUUGUGCAUAUGAAGAACACCCUACCAGAAUCUGCGAAUGUCGACACGGCUAGCCUGAUCAGCUUCUUCGUUUUUGUGAUAGUCUUUCUACCAACACUGAUGGUGCCCCCUGAGAAGUUGCAAAAGCCAUUUCUGGUGGCCUUUGGAAUGAUCGCAGGAACCAUGUUUGGCAUGCUCAUCUGGGCUCUGUGUGCUGCACAUGGCGCUGGCACACUGGUAUCAACUGGUCCAACGAAACAUGGUUCAGCCUUGAGCUGGGGAACGCUCUAUGGUCUUCAGUCUCUGGUGGGUGGUUAUGGUAGCGGAUGUCUUGGCCAGGCAGACUGGACCCGCUAUUCAAAAUAUCCAAACGCAGCUCUCUUCGGCCAAGCUGUCACCGCACCAAUCGCUAUCUCAAUCACGGCUCUUUGUGGACUUCUCAUCACUUCCGCGACUGCCAAGAUCUACGGCGAGGUUUACUGGAACCCGUUUGAGCUUCUCCUCGCAAUCCAGGAUCAUUCACUUUCUCCAGGCGCCAGAGCCGGCACUUUCUUCGCCGCUCUAGGUUUCGCGGCUUCACAAUUUGCCCUUUGCAUUGUCCUGAACUCGGUGUCGGCCGGUAUGGACAUGGCCGCACUGAUGCCAAAGUAUAUCAACAUCCGCCGAGGUGCAUACAUUCUGACACUCAUCUCCAUCUGCAUCUGUCCAUGGCAGUAUGUCACCCGUGCGACCGUGUUCAUCACCGUCCUCUCCGGCUGGAGCGUCUUUUUGAGUCCGAUGACCGGGAUCUUAUGCAGCGAUUACUUCCUGGUGCGCAAGCGAGAAUACCACAUUGGAGACUUGUAUCUCGGUGUCGAUACAGCCGGAGCAUACUGGUACACUGCGGGGUUCAACUGGCGAGGAUUUGUUGCAUGGGCCAUGGCUCUUUGGCCAAUGUUGCCCGGGUUCGUAAGGAAUGUGAAGGGCAUCAGCGACGGCGCCGGCUGGGAUCGCUUGUACCAGAUGAGCUACUUUUUCGGUUUCCUCACGGCCGGAUUGUUGUACUGGGCCUUCCACACCAUCUUCCCAGCCGAAAAACAGACUGGUAGCUCCCCGUUUACACUCAAGGCGCAUCAUCAGCGUGUACAAAUCGGGGACGAGAAGCUGGGUGUCAUCGAUGGUCAGCCGGUCGAAGCUUUCGAAGCGCUCCCUGGAACAGGUCACAAGCAACUCGCAAAGGCGGAGUCCACGUCGGUCGAUAGCGCAUAG